CCGCCUUGGGGCGGCGGGCAGGGGAAGGGGCGGGGGCCGAGGAGGCGGGCCUGGCGGCAGGAGGUGGGGGCCGCGGGCCCGGCGCGGAGGAUGCAUGCGGUGGUCCUGGGGCUCUCCGCCCUGCUGCUGGCGGCCGACGAGAGCGCGCGCCUCUGCACUGUGGUUUACUACUUCUCCGCAGGACAGCUCCUCUGGGGGGGACUGGCCCUGGCUGUGCUGCUGCCCGGCUGCUUGGUGCAGGGCCUGAGUUAUCUGUGGUUCCGAGCAGAUGGACAUCAAGGUCAUUGCUUGCUGGUCCUGCUGCACGGCCUACAGCUUGGCGUGUGGAAGCGGCAUUGGGACGCCGCAUGCACUGUUCUGUCGAAGGAGUGGAAGGCCUCCCACCGGGGCCAGCUGCUGCUGCAGGAGGCCGACCUGUCAGCCCUCCGCCUCCUAGAAGCCCUGCUUCAGGCUGGGCCCCACCUGCUGCUUCAAACGUAUGUUUUUCUCGCCUCGGACUUCACUGAUGUUGUGCCAGGGGUGAGCGCCCUGUGCUCCUGGUCCGCGCUGUCCUGGGCCCUGGUGUGCUAUGCUCGUUCCAUGGACUCCAUGAAGCCAGGUCGCCUCUCCAUGCCGUGGGCUGCCCUCCUCUGCCAGCAACUCUGGAGGAUGGGCAUGUUGGCAGCCCGCGUCCUCAGUCUGGUUCUGUUCUUCAAAACUUACCACAUCUGGGUUUUAGUUGUUGGAGGUGCUCACUGGCUGGUGAUGACCUUCUGGCUGGUGGCACAACAGAGUGACAUCAUCGACAGCACCUGCCACUGGAGGCUGUUCAACCUGCUUGUGGGAGCCGUGUACGUCUUCUGCUACCUCAACUUCUGGGACAGCCCUUCCAGAAAUAGGAUGGCCACGUUCUACACGAUAAUGCUGCUGGAGAACGUCAUCCUUUUGCUAUUGGCCACUGACUUUCUCCAGGGGGCCUCGUGGACCAGCCUGUGGACCACAGCAGGAGCCUUGUCUGGAUUUCUGAUUGGCAGUGUCUCGCUGGUAAUUUACUACAGCCUGCUACAUCCUAAAUCCACAGACAUCUGUCAGGGCUUUGUAAGGGAGUCCUGUGACACCUCAGGGGGUGAUAAAGCAGAGAGAGCAUCUUCUCCAUGGGCCACGGCUCCAGCUGGGGAGAGGCCGGGGAGCCCAGCAGAGAGCCACGAGGAAGGCUAUGAGCUGACAAGUCUGGGGAAGCCCCCCAGUCCACAGUGGGGCCCCCCAGAGGCUGGGCUGGAAAGCCAGAUUGUUGGGGAAGACUCUUUCCUAGGUCACCACCACUGGCUAUUGAUGAAACUUGCCCUAAAAACAGGAAAUGUGUCUAAGAUCAAUGCAGCCUUUGGAGACAACUAUCCUGGAUGUUUUUGUCCCCCUGCAUGGCAGUUGAGCCAACACUACCAGCAGCAGAAGCCCCCGUUUUCCCAGCAAGAGCUCCCAUCAUUGCCCCAUGACCUCCUGACCUCAGAGAAAGGCUCUGAGUUUCAAGGCAUCCCGAAAGCAGCCUCUAACCUGUUGGAAACCUCAACCUAUGUCUCUUUUGCCAGUGAUAACCAUGAUGAUGCUCCCGCCCAGAAGCUGUCAGCUACACCACAGGAGGGCAGCCCCAAGGAAGGAGCCGGGGCUGGUUCUGGGACAUGGGGCAGGGGUGCGAGUGGGCAGCCGAGAGGAGGGGAAGGACAGGAGAGCUCCACGCUGUACUUCAGUGCCACCACUGAAGAGGUCACGUGCUCAAACCCAGAAGGUGGGCAGGCAACUCCAAAGACACUCCAUUCUGGGAGGAGGUUGGGAAAGGGCAGCCCUGCCCAGCUUGCCUCCCCUCGGCCGGCCACUCAGCCCUUUCCCAUCACCAUGGCCAACAUCAGCCCAAUCCUUGGCACGGGCCCAGGUAGAAGCUUCCGCCCCAGUGCAGGCUUCCCUGGCAGAGCCCCAGGUGGCUCAGAGCGUGAAGAGCAGCAGGAGCCCACGAGGAACCUGAACCCUUCUUGUACCACUGGCACACAGAUGUCACUGCCAAAGGUGAGCCUGAGGCCCGCAGACGAGCCCUGCCUCACGUCCACCCCCAAGUCUGAGUCCACCCAGAGGGACUGCAGCGGCAGGGGGAGGCUGAAGACCGAGACAAUUUCUUCAUCUGACCUCAGGUAUGGUGGGAUAACACAGCAGGCUGGCAAGCCAAGCUGGCCAUCGGGUGUCGAGAUCGGAGGAACCCCACUGCUGACACCUACGCCCUUGCGUCCAUCACGUGGCCCUCUCGACCUCUGCACAGUUGAAAACUGAGAGAACCAGAUUAGGUUAUUUCUAAGAUCCCCUGUGAACACCACAUACCACAUGUAUGCAUGGAAGACGUUCUUUGACACAGUGUGGGAGGAGGAAAGGCUUCCAGUCAAAAUUGCCUGCUUCCUUUCUCAAACUAUAUCAUCCCUAUUUUUCUCUUUUCUUUUUUUUUUUUUCUUUUGCUCUGGCUUCUAGGAAACUCAAAGGUAAAACCCACUGUCCUAUUUUAUUCUGGGUUCUUAUUGCAACUAGCUUCUCCAGACACUAGGUGGUUAUUAAUCUCUCUUUUUUUUUUUUAAUGUAUUCUAGCUACAUUAUUUUCUGAAAUCUUGUGCUAAGAUAACACAAGCCCUUUCUAGAAGUUGAUGUGAAAUGUAUGCUUACAAUCACCAACCUAAGUUGGAAUCUAAGCAGAUUCCAUUCUGAGAUUCCUCUAUCUCUUUGGCAGAGCCUAAAUGACAUUUUUCUGUUAAACACACCGUUCUCCUCCUCACCAGGCAGCCAGAAGUUCUGUGUCAGGUCCCUCUUCUCUGCUACUGACUUUACACUCCAUUUCCUUUAUCUCCAAACUCUGCUCCCUCCUCCAUUCAGAGUGAGAUACUCUCUGUGAUUUAAGUUCAUCCAACGAGAGGGGAAUUAAUGUCUCAUUCCCCUCGUGCUCUCUCUUUCUAACUCUUCCCCUUAAAUGCAUUCUUUGUGGAUCAAUAUUUGCAUCAUUUCUGUAAACUUUCCUUCAUAGCCCGUUAAGGAAGUCCAAUCAUAAACCAUUGAAGUGGAAGGCAGUCCACACUCGGAGGGCUGGGUACUAUGUGGUUCUGGCCCAUUUUACCUUUUCUACACACUUGAUCUUAGCCAAAAGGCCAAGAAGUGAUUUUUUUUUACCUUUUCCAAACACCUCUGGGUUCACGGACAAUAUUCGAGCCCUAAAGAGGCUCUACUCCCUGUAGAGUAAACUAGCUCAACUCGCACAUGCCAAGAGCAUGUGCCAACAUUUUCUGCAGGAAGCUCUCGGGCCAUCAGCAUCUCCAUUGCCAGCCACAUAAGCCACUAUGAGACAGCAGACAGUGACUGAGCACUUUUGGAGCAACAGGUAAAUACAGAGUAAGGCGAGUUUAUUAACAGAACAGAAAACCAUCCGCGGUUACUCUCCGAUACUGUUGUAGCAUCUUGGUUCCUCCUCCACCCAGUCUCACACCCAACCAGGAACCUGGGCCUCUUCCUUGACUCCUAGCAGACCCCCACCCCCUGUUCCUCCUCCCAGACAACUCAAGCAUUGCCCUUGGUGAUGACCUUGCCUUCUGCCCCAGGUCCUCAGGGGUUUGCCCUCUGGUGAUCCCUUGCUAAACUUGAAUGAGGUGCUCCUGUGAAGGCUGACGAAGGGUUGCAAAUCCUAGCUUUGAGUUCUGUGGGGCCCAGCACAGGGCCUGGCACGGAGCAGGCACUGGGACACUAUAGGGUGAAUUAAUUCGCGGCUGCUUUAGCCAUGAAUUGUGGCUUUGUGUGUGUCUCACUGCUCUCAAGCAGCUAUAGCAAAAUACCAUAAGCCAGGGGCUUAAACAACAGCCAUUGAUUUCUCACAGCUCUGGAGGCUGGAAACCCAAGAUCAAGUUGCCAGCAAUCCAGUUCCUGGGGGGACCCCUUUGCAGGUGGGCUCACAAACGCCCACCUUCUCCUGUGUCCUCACACGGUAGAGACAGGAAGCAAGCUCUGGGGUGUCUCUUCUUACUCGGGCACUGAUCCCAUCAUGAGGGCCCCACCCUCAUGACCCAAGCUAAACCUAUCGCCUCCCAAAGGCCCCCCCUCCAAACACCAUGACAUCAGGGGUUAGGGCCUCAAGGGGACACAGUUCAGUCCACAACAGUGCAUAUCCUGUUCGAAGGGCCUUUGUGUCAUGGGGGAAGGUAGAGGUGGCAUGCAGGGAAUUUGCUUAUUCUCUUCAAACUUUCCAGCCCUUGAACAGGUUAGAAAUCCUCUUCAUUCACUCAUUUAAGAGAUUGGUAUUGAGUAUACAGCAGGCACUAAGUAGACAGAAACCAAGGUGUUUAUUUGCUGUUAAGGGGCCCGUAGACCCGUGUGGGCCUCUCCACUGGCCUAUUCAUUUCACACCUCCAGAAAGUGUAUCCCCAGGUGGUGAAAACAAUCAGAAAAUAUACAUAUAUUUGUUAGCGAAGAUUAAUAAAUGGACACUUAAUUCUAAAAAGUGCUUAUUGAGCGUCUACUGAAUGCUAGUCACCAGGAGCACAGCUGCACACGAGGAGCUUCAGCAAACACUCAGCAGGGAAGCGAGUUGGUGAGCUUAUUGUGUCCACUCCGAGACGGGGCUGCGGGAACCGGCAGCAGGCUCACUCGGCAGGAAUGACGCGGUUGCCGUCUUCAGGGACGGGGCAUCCUGUGAAGAGGACUUGGGGUUUUUCCUGCAGGGUGACGCGCACCCUGAGAAGCACAUCAGGGCUCACCAUGGGGUCUUCAAGGCAGAGUUCUCCGGAGGCGGAAAGGCCCUGUCAGUUGUCAAGGGGUUUAUACUUCAUGGGAGGUGCUCCAAGAAAGCCUGGACAGUCCCUUCGCCCAGAGGCCAUGGAGGGAAUUCAAGGACUAGAAAAUUCAGCUCAAAAUGAUCUUUUAGAUCCUGACCCCAUGACUCUGUGCAAGAGCAAGUGGGGGCCACAGACACUUCAGUGUCUGUUCUGGGGAGUUUUCCUCCCUCAGGGAGAAGAAAAGAACUAGAGGAUCAAAACCAGCGCCUUGAGGGGGAUCUGAAGACGGCACGUCAGCCUCCCCGCCCUUCCAGACGCCCGCCAGCCAGGUUUCUGAGUCAUCUAGAAUAUCCAGCCCACGGAGAUCCAUGACGUUCCACCCCAGGAGACCUCAGGUCUCAGCCUGAUGGAAGGAGAAUCAGGAAAACCAGAGCUGGAAAGAAGUUAAAACAGUAAAAAAAAUUAUUUUUUUGAGGACUAUUGCAAUAGGGGAAAAGAGACCUUGCUUUGAACUGGGCUCAAUUCCAGAUACCACAUGGACAAGUGGGGUUUAUAGCCAAGGAGCAGGGUGGGCUCAGUGGGUGGAAAAUUACUAAGAGGAAACCUUGGCAGCUUCAGGCUAAAUCAACUUAAUGGGAAUCUUGCUGAAGGCAGGGCCAGGUGGUCAGACAUCAGCUGGGUGUCAUGGGGGAUGAGGAAUUUGACUAGAUAGAGAAGGUGAUCAAAUAUUGGGGGCAGGGGAUUCUGGUUAAAUUCACUUAGCAGGAUUCCUGCUAAAAUGGGACAAUGCAGAGAGGAAUAAGGACGAAGACCUAGUGACAAGUCCAGAGGACCCUGAAUAGUGUUGGGUCAAGGACAGAGUCUUUCUCAGGGGGAUGUGGAGAGCAGCAUUGGUGACCCUGCCCAGGACAGAAGGGCCUUCUCUGAGCCAGGAUGUCUGGCCUUUCCCCUCUACCCCGAAGGCUUGCCACGGACUGAAUGCUCACCGCUACCUGGAGAAAGAUAGUUAUUGGACAGAGCGUUCUGCAUUACUAUAUUGCUUGUCUUAAUCUCUGUGGCCAGAAUUCAUGGAGCACAAUUACGACAUUUGGAGCAUCAGCAGACUUUGGCAGUGCCAAUGCUCUCAAAGCAGGGACCACCAGGAACCAUCUAGCGUUGAGCCAGCUGAGUUUAUGACUCAUGGCAGUGAGGGAGAAUGCACCCAGGGGGUCAUCUCAGGAAGAGGGUGUUAGAAGGACUUAGAGGAUUUGGGCUUUGGUUGGGUGGAUUUGGAGAGGGCCCGAGGAAGUGGGGGAUCCCUCUGGACUGGGUGCAAUUCUACUAUCGUGUAUCACAAUAAACCUCAUCUACAGAGAGGGCAGACUAGAGCGAGAAGGAACCUGUGAUUGGGGAAGAAGCAGCAUCACCCUCUGGACUCAAAGGGUGUGGUGUUUUGCAGGCUGCGUGGUGACCCUACUUUUGUCUCAUCUAUCAGGUCUCCGUGUGGCCUUAUUGAAGCUGAUAUUCUGUGAGAUCUUUUGUGGCCAACAGAACAUGUGGCCUGAUUGCGGGCAUCAGACGAGCUCCCAGAUGUCAGGGCUGCUCUUUCCUCCCUCAGAAUGUCAGUAGUGGCUUGACCGCUGUUUGUUAGGUCAAGUGGGGUAUGUUUGUUCUAGUGUAUUGACGCUACUGCUUCAGGGAGUGGCUGUCACUCAGAACUCGGAAACGUGCAUUGCUCCCAUGGUAAUGGCUCUAAGAGCAUUUGUCCUAUAUCUGCUGUGGCACCUACUUUUCACAUUUGUUUAAGCCUCUCUCACUUCCCUCUUCUCCCAUGAAGCUACACAGGAAGCAGCAAAAGGACUCUGGUCUCCGUAAACACUACAGGCUAUACAGAUAUUCCCUUCCUUGUCGUUUCCACCAAAAGCAGGCAACCCUGGCUCUCCAGGACCUGCUGGGAAUCAGGGCUGAUUUAUUUCCCUAAAUCUUUCCGUAACCUUGUACCCUCCUUGCGGCAGGCUCGUUUCUCCAGCCCUUCGCCCUGGGGAGGCCUGGCCUGACGGAUGGCCGUGGCAGGCACUCAGUAAACACCCCAUAAGUAGAGCUGAAUGUCUGGGUUCUUCUGAUUUCUGACUAAGGAUUUUACCUCUCAUAAGCAAAGCUUCUUGACAACCAUUUUGGAAGCGGGUCUUUGCAAACCGACUACCACCCCCUGCCUUUUCAGCGGAGGACACCGGCAUCUCAGAACGGGACUGCGUCUCUCACGCUCACAUAGGGUAAUUGAAAGUCUAAUAAAGGGACUGUUUGCAACGUCGUGGGGUGGAGUUGCAGAAACCAAGGAGGGGUGGCUGGGCAGCACCCCAGCUUGCUGUCACGCCCUUGGGGGCAGGAGAGGGGGCCACCAUCAGACCCAGGAGGGCACUAGCUGCUGCCCGGUCGCCAAGGGAUCUGCGCUGUGGUCUUGGCAGGGACUGAGGCCAACCCACAGUGACCUGGCAAGAGGAAGUCAAGGAAAUGAAUGCCCUGUCCCCACUCCCUGGCUGGUACUGCCAGGCCAGACAUACCGGGAGCCAAGGACAUGGAGCUCACAGUGCUGUCUCCAAAAUCAGCUCCCCGAGCCAGCGCAUCGUGGAGAGACCAGCCUGGGGGAGCUGGGAACAACCACAGUCACCACACGACGCCCUCAGGACAUCCUUCACAGGCUGUGGGGCACUUGGCCUCUAUAUCAAACACCCAAGCUGUGGUCCUUUUAAAUGUGUGCCUGCUUUUUGUCAUUGUCCUCACCCCUCAAACAAGAGGAAAAUAAAAUUUAUUUUUAUGUAUCUAGUUACUUAAGAUCUGAACUGCUGGUUAACAUCUUUCCUUGGCUUUUGCAGGCACAGCGACAUAGUUCAUUGCAGGUACUUCUGGUAAGAAGCAGGAAAAUACAAGUGGAAGUUUUACAUCUUCUGUCUGCUUAUGACAUCAAAAGGGAGCCUGGAAAGAGGGCAACUUUAGAAGACCUUGUUAUAGCCGUUUUGUAACAUACUGGAGUGGUACAGCUGGAAAAGAAUCAGAUAUGAUGUACCUGGCUUAAGUUCCUUCCUUAAAAGCAGGUGUAUUUGUCAGCUUUGGGCGCAUAACGAAGAGCACAACACUUCAGUGGCAUAAAACAGCAAGUGAUUAUUUUUCACUUGGGUUGCAUGUCAUCUAAGGGGGCUCCUCUUCAGGUUGCAGGUCAAAGUCACAUGUGCUCCCCAUUCUGGGGUAGAUGGCAGUGGACACGCUGGUCAGACGUUCCCAGAGGGGCAGGUGGAAAUCCGAUGCACUGCCACUCCUGCCCAUGUUGUGUGGCCUCCACAAGUCACAGAGCCAAGCCCAACUUCCAUGGGCGAUGUUAGAACAAUAGUCUACCGAAGCCAGUCGACACCAUUUCACUCGUGUCCUGUUUCUCCGUUUCGCGAUCCUGGACUUCAUGGCUGUAGAAUUUAAAACAGCAGGAAAAGUCAACGCACACCUCCCCAAACCUGUGGAUUUAUAAAUCCAGAAACAGAUUCAACGCACACCCUGGAGCCUCUAACUCCAGAGACAGGUUUAAUGGUCACACCCUGACGUCUCUGUUUUUAAAAGUCAAAAAAGAGAUUUGAUACACAUUUCCGCUCACCAUGCCACAGAGUUGUCAGGGGCUCCAUGACCCGUAUUUCUGUCCUGGCUUGCCCAUUUCUGCCUUAGUUUUGAGUCUACAUUCCUUCCUGUCUUUUAACCCCAGUCGGCCUAUCAAUUCCUAAAAGUAGGGGGUUUUCAUAGCACUUGGAAAGGCAACUGGAGCGACCUGAGAGAAGAUCCAGAAAGUAGGGCACUGAGUGGGGUCGAGACAGGAAACCCGGCUCCCCUAGUUGGCUCCGAGCCCCUUCUCUCCUAGAGGAGAGAGAGGGUGUUUACAGAGCAGUCAAUUGCCUGCAGAAAGUCCUGGAGCCAUGAGGCCCUGGGCAGCAGCCCCCUGGGAGGGUGUGAACCCCCCGUGAAACACCUCGUUUCUGCUCAUGCUCCGUAGACCAAGGGGGUAGGUUAACCUAAGAAAUUGUCAGGCAGAACAGCGGUCUUGGUUUUUCGUAUUAUAUUCUGCUAUGCCAAGCAUGAAAUUUUUAAAUUCCUUUUGAGCUGUUUCCUGAGUCAGUUCUCAAGCUAAAUGCUGAUUACACUUAGGGUUUUUUAAGCACCAAGAAAGGAUUUGUUUUAAAACCCAGUCUGGUGGCUCUCUUUAAAAUAGGCUGUUACUUUUCUGUCCUCCCUAAUCUCGUUCUACUUUCCAUACUGUUUAGGAUGACCGACUACCCUGGUGUCCCCAGGACUGGGCAGUUUUCUGGAAGGUGAGAUUUUAGGCCUAAAACCAUAUAGUUCCAGGCCAGAAAGGAUGACUGGUCACACUCAUACUAUUAGCCCCAUUCACUGUUUCUACUUUAACAUAGCCACCAGGUCAGAGAGGAGAGAAAAUCCUCUGCGGUUAAAAAUCUGGGAGAAAAUGCGUUUCCUGAAAUAAGCUCCUAUACCACUAAGCCCCCAUCCCCCACCCCAUCAAUCUUGCAGAAAUCAAUCUGACUAAUGUCCCCCUUGUUAAGCAUGACCACAAGGUCCAUAGAAUUGUUGACUUCAAGCUACACGCAAUCAGGAGAGAUCCUGUUCUGAAGUCAGAGCCAUAAUCCAGAUUUUCAGUUAACAUCUCUUAGGGAGGAAAUUUCCCAUGGAAAAAUACCAUGGAAAAUCGUUGACUUUGACCACACGGAUCCAUUCAUUAUGGCGAGACUGUAAUUACAACAUUGCCGUCAGGGUUUCCAUUAUAAAUGGAUCUAAAUCUUGGUGGAACACAAUUCUUUCCAGCUGGAGUAAGCCAUGGACAGGUUUUCAGCCCAUUGUGGAUUUGUUUACAAAUUGGCCAGGCUGGGAGUUGGGGGAGGGUCAGAGGGGGAAGAUGAGCUUGGGGGUGGAAUAAACAACACGGACUUUUGUGCUUAGUGUGUUCUUUAAACUGAAACUAAGAACACAAACAACAACCAAGCAACCAAGGUCAAUCAAGGAUGUCACUCUGACCUGAAAAUUUUGGAUUUAAAGGCGACCCUUUGUCUUUAACUUACUUUAAAAGAUGGAGCGUUCAAUAAAGGAACAGAGAUUUGCUUUUUUUUUUUUUCUCAUACCUGAAGUUUGGUCAACCAAGGAAGAAAUGAGCUUUGGGCUCCCUGCGCCUUUGAGGGAAACAGCGUGGUGGGGAGAUCACUGCGGGAGAUGAGACCCGGGUUCUCUUCCGGCUCUUUUUCUAGCUAAUUCUGUGAUUGUACAUAAAUCACUUCAUCUUUCUGAGCUUCAGUUUCCUCUUCUAAAAAUCAAGGAUGCUGUUUGUUGGUCUGGCUAGAUUAUGAAAUUAUGUGUGGCCACUGAGGCGAUGGGUAUGCACUGUCUUACCCCAGUGACAGGUCCUCUGCUCAUUCUGUCACCCCUCAAGCUGACGUCCUAGCUGCCCUCUUGGAGUGGAGUCUGAGAGUCAUCCUAUAUAGUCAGAGCCAUGUUUCCUGAGACCACAGAAGAAGGGAGACACCUCCACACCAUGUUCUGGAUACUGACUCAUCCCACAGCAAAUGCAUAUGGCACCCCGAUGGAGGCUUAAGCUUGUUUUUACUAAGAAGUUUUACAGGAAUUGCUCCAAAGCCAUGAAAUCACUUUGGGGCAUCCUGCCAUGGUCUUGUGACCUUGAAGGACAGGAGGGGCAAAGACUUCAUCCAUGGAGCCCUGCGGGUGGGGCAGAGACACUUCUCCAGCCUUGUAGGUUCGCACAGCGAUAAAAUGACCCUUACAAAACAACUGAUAAACAAAACAGGAAUUUCAAAAAUGUUAGGUCCCGGUCUUCCCCUCUUGUCCCAAGAAUAUCUAGGAAUAGUGAAGGGAGAGGGGUCAAUUCAGGUUGCAGAUCACGUGUUGGCUUUAAAUCACAUUGCAAAGUGAAUCACAAAGAGAAAGUUCUACUCGGAUAUCUGGACCCCACUUUCCAUUCUCACAUGUCUUAAGAAUUUGAAGGUCAAUAUAUUUUUUCCCCAGCCGUCAGGAAGUAAUGUGAUUAAUCUGAGUAAUGGAGCUAGGUGGUCAAAGGUCCAAGUUGAAUUUUGUAAGGUUAUGAAAACUUUCAGGGUUUUAAGUCAUUUUUUUAAAAUCACUGUCAGCUAAAAGCUUAAUCUGGCUUAGUUUUGACUUGGGUUUAAGAUAAAUGGGCAAUUGCCUCCUUCUCUCACUUAAUUCAUGAUAAUAUUUAGCCAUAAUUCUGAGCUGCAAAGAGCCGGGUCUGUGUAGAGAUCAACACUGCACUGACACAUUAAUGCAUUAGGCACCUAUCAAUCUUGUCAACUUUCCUAACGAGGGCAUUCUGGGGCGCUCUUUGAAUAGUCGUAUAUUAUGGAGUUAAGCAUACUUCACAUUCAUGUUUUGCUUUAAGACCUAAUGCUGUUGUAAUCUCACAUAAUUCCCAAUCUUGGACAGAGAUCGGGGACCACGGAGGACUGGAAGCUUAGUUCAAGCUUGGCACUUGGCUCCCUGCUCAGUAGGUGGCGCCCUUGUGCCUCCAUCAGCCCACUGCCAGCCUCGCAUAGACGCGCACACUUCCUGGAGGCCAGUUCUCAUGAAUCACGCUCCAUCUCUUGUCCUUUUCAGUGUGAGCUUGGUUGGUUGAGUCUCAAUUCGUUGCCUGCAGUCACACACACAAACACCCCAUGUGGACCAUACAUGGGCUGGUGAAAGGCUUGACACAGGCAGUACCUGCUGCGUUUUCCCGGCAAGUGGAGGACCUGUCUUUGUUGAAGUCCUGUGCUUAAGGGUUUAUUGAGAUGAUUAGGUGUUCAAAUGCAGUUAUCUAUUUUUUGGAAAAAGAAAAUACGAAUUCACAUUGUCAAUAGCAAGUGCCCUCAAAUUUGAAGUCAGCAGUUAUGACAUAUCCAGCAAGGGCUUACUCACGAAGCUAAGCAUGCUCAUUCUUGGGGCUGGACCCGCACAAUUCCUGGCCCACGUUUUAUGUAACGGGGUCAGAUAGGCUCAUUUUUAUUAUGGGGACCCAUGAAUCAGGCUCCUAUGGCUAUUGUCAUUAAGGAAAAAAAGGCAUUUUCUGUGUCUCUUCAGGGACAGUGAGCUGUGAAAGGUGACACGAGUUCUACGGUAUCCCUAGCUCCCGCGUUUAGUCUACAUUUUAUGGAUCUAGAAAGUGCUUCUCAUUUCUAUGAGGUGAAAAUUGUGCUCUUCUCAGACAAUGAAAUAUUACUCAGGACUAAAAAGAAAUGGGCCAUCAAGCCAUGAAAAGACACAGAGGAAGCCUAAAUGCAUGUGACUGAGUGAAAGCAGCCAAUCUGAAACAACUACAUACAGUGUGAUUCCAGCCAUAGGACAUUCUGGAAAAGACGGAACUGUGGAGACAGUAAUAGGAUCGGUGGUCGCCGUGGUUGGGAUGGGAGAGACGGUUGAAUAGGCAGAAACAGGGGAUUUUUAGGCAAUGAAACUACUCUGUAUGAUACUACAAUGACGAAUACACAUCAUUAAACAUUUGUUCAAACCCACAGAA